AAAAAGAGAAAAGCUUUAAUUGAAAAAAAUGACGAGAAAAAACUAUAGUUUCUCGACUUUCUCCAACAACAACUGCAAAAGAAUCAGAGCAGCCUUUCAGCAACUUGUUCCUUAAAAGAUGAUAUCGAUUUGGGUGAAACCUAGAUUCCAUAGGUUCUGAAACAGCAAAUUUGAUUGACUGGACUUUCAGCAAUCUGCAAUUUAGCAUCAUCAAUGGAGGAUUCCUCUGCAACAACGUCCUUCAACUAUAACAAGCAUCUUAAAGAACAGUUCGUUAGCAACUUAAAUGGAUCAUCCAUGCUCGAGAUAUUCUCACUCGCUCUUGUGAUUCCCGUUAUUGUGCUUCUUCGGCGUGCAAUUGGAUUAAAUUUUGUUUCUGUUUCCCAUAUUUCACAGAGGUUGUCAAAGAAAGAUGAUAUUGAUUCAGCCAAAUCAAAGUAUUCCAGUGCCUACAUGGUGACAAUGACUGUGGAUUUUCUCUUCAUUGUUAUUCCUGUUCUCUUACUUCACACUGUUUUGUCAGAAUGGAUAUUUAAACUAGCACUACUAUCGACGUUCUUUAUUCUUUUCUGCUUGUUAUCCAAAAGAUACAUCACCUUUUCUUCUUCUGGAAGCUUCCAACCACGUGAUACUGUAGAAAAAAGUAUAUCAUCAUUUAGAGUCGUCAUGAUGAUAAUUACAUGUCUAUGUAUACUUGCUGUUGACUUCAAUAUAUUCCCUCGAAAGUAUGCAAAGACAGAGUCCUAUGGAACUAGUUGGAUGGAUCUAGGAGUGGGAUCAUUUGUGGUGGCAAAUGCAUUGGUUUCACGACAGGCGCGUAAUGUGCAUUCAGGAGGAUGGAAGACAGCCCUUCAGUCUACUUGUCCGUUGAUCUUAUUGGGAGUGGCUCGUCUAGCUUCAACUACUGGAGUGGAUUAUCAGGUCCAUGUGGGAGAAUAUGGUGUGCACUGGAAUUUCUUUUUCACUCUUGCUGCAGUCUCUCUUCUGACGUCAGCAAUUAAUAUACAUCCAAAAUAUUGUGGGAUUCUUGGUCUGUUUAUUCUCAUAGGGUAUCAAAUCGUUUUGGUGCAGGGGUUAAACACGUAUCUGCUAUCUGAUGUGAGAGGAAUGGACAUUGUAAGCCAAAACAAGGAGGGCAUUUUCAGUAUAUUUGGAUAUCUGGGUAUGUAUCUGGUUGGUGUGCAGAUGGGCUACGAACUCUUUUUUAAGAACAAGUAUUCUGCUUCUUCACAUAGAAAUCAGCAGACAAGAAGGGGAGUCUGCGCCUUUGCUGUUAUACUCUGGUUGUUGACGCUGAUUUUAAACCAACAUGUAGAACAAGCAUCACGGAGAAUGUGCAACAUGGCUUAUGUGAUGCUUGUGCUGGCUGUAAAUUUUGAGGUUCUGGCAAUAUUUAUGCUUUCUGAGUUCACACCUGGAAGUAACUUCACUGCACUUGAAGGAGCAUUCAACCAAAAUUUAUUGGCAUCCUUUCUUCUGGCGAAUUUGCUAACAGGGCUGGUAAAUUUAUCUGUUGAUACCCUGUUUGCCACUUCAAAUGAAGCCUUGGCUAUUUUAGUACUCUAUGCAUUUGUUUUGUGUUUCUUCACUGGACUUGCAAAUUUUUAUGGUUUUCGGUUAAAAUUUUGGUAAUGAUGACUCAUUUCAACGUCGUCAUAUCAAUGCAAUUUUGUUUGUGAUUUGCUCACUGCCAUUUCCUUUUCUUUGCUUAUGAUAUUUUAUGAAACUUGGAUAGAACUUUUUUGUACUAUUCGUUCAUUUGACCAAAAAGUUAAACAAGAUUGAAAUGUCACCAGUUCCCAAAGAUUUAUGUUUUUCUCCUGAUCCUAAA